UGUCGAUGACAAGAGUGCUACAAUUUUAACUAAAAUACAACAAAACUCCUCGAAAAGUGCGUGCAAACUAAGCUGAGCUAUUGAACUAAACAUUAGCGCAUGUAUUGCAUAAAUAAUUUGCGUUAAUUGUUUAUGCAAUAGCGUUUUAUUGAACGCUGACGCUGCAAUUGAGCGCAAAGGUCUGAACGUGUCUAGCGAGCGCAACUGCUGACGUUUACCAACACUAAGCAAAAAACUAAAAAAAAAACAACUGGCUGCGAAAAAUUUACAAUCACAGGACAUAACUUUCUAUUAUAUACAAUGGAGACAAACGCUAGCAGCAGCAGUAGCAGCAGCAGCAGCAGCAACAGCAGCAGCAGUGGCAGUAACAGCGGCAGCAAUGAUGAGCAGCCACAAGAACCCGCAGCCAUGCCCAUGGAUACACUGGAGCCACCGCCAAGUGGCAAGACAUUGAAGCGCUGCCUCAGCGUGCCCAUAAUACGCACACCCGCCGGCAAGGCAACGCCAAUGACUACACGCGCAGCUGCCGCCGCCGCAGCCGCUGCCAAGCAACAUGAACAGACGCCCACAAAGCAGCAGCAGCAAUCCUUAUCCGCUCAGCCGGAGCUACAGCGUCUUAGUCGCAAUGUCGACUACUUUGGCAAGAGCAUUCACAUACGCUCACAGCCCAACUCGCGUGAAGUGAGUCCAGCGCCCAUGUUCAAUCCGUUUAUGCCGCGUGCGCGACGCUACUCGGCCAGCUAUAGUCCACAGCUAAGUGGCAGCAAUGCAGGUGGCGCCGCCAAUGCAACACUUUGCAUCACACCACGCGUCUCACAGCUGCGUCAGGAGGAGUGCGCCGAUCUCAACUCGCGCGAGGUGAACCAUGAGCGUGAGGUGCAUCGCGAGAUGCAAAUAUCACAGAGCUGGGAGGAUCUGACGCUCGUGGCAGAGAACUGGAGCUGCAAGUCGGAUGAGUUGAGCAAUCCGCUGCAGCUGGCGCUGCCCACAGGCAAUGUAAACAGCUGCUCCAGCCCCAGUCCCACCAGCAAUCGUGCCGGCAUGCGCCUGCCUUACUCGCCAUCGCCCACUCGACGCACCUUUGCCACACGGCGCAGCAUGUCGCCCAUAGCGAUGCGCCCCUCUUCGCUGGGUCCGGUUAAGCGCAAGUUUGAGCUGGACGAUGCCACAACGCCUGGUGCCAGCAACUGGAGCGUCUAUUCACCACCGCCGCUCAAGAAAAUCUUUACCGAAAGUCGCGGCUCUUCACCUGUUUGUCAAUCGCCCAGCUCGGUGUGCCCCAGUCCCGACUCGGGCACCUAUGAUGGACGCAUUACACCCAAGCUGUUUAUCUCGAAGCUCUGCACAAAUAACAACAGCAGCAGCAGCGGCUGCCCCUCACCUGUCUCCGCAUCGCCCAGCAAUGUGCUGCCUGCCAAUGGCUUGGAUGCUAUGCUAAGUCAGAGCCAAAGCUUGGAUGAGGGCAUUUCCAUAGCGGAGCAAGAGCACAGCUGCAGUCGCAGUCGCACCAGCUCAUUGCUCUCGAGCGUCUCUGCCAGCUCCUCCAACAUGGGCGCUGCACAGCUGCUGGUCAAUGACAUGGCCGAUGAUGCUACGCUUAUGGAUGAUGCCAAGAGUGAAACCUCCUCGAUUGGUGGCUGCUCGACCAUUAGCAUUGAAUCCUCCUCCUGCGAUAGCGGCGCCAAAGCAGCCGCCAGCUUUCUACACCGUCUAGCUGUAGACGAUGGCGUCACUAGCACUUCCCCUGCCUCCCAAAAGAGCUUCUACAUCAACAAGCAAGGACUCUCGGGUGCCAAGAAGUUUAUUGUUAACCAUGAGGCGAGCAAGCCGCCAAGCAAACAGGAUGUGCUGCAAAAGCUUUAAGCACUACUUACUAACAAUUUAUUUUAUAUAUGCUAUAUAUCUUUAUAUAGUUCUUCUUUUGUUUGCUUUUGAAUAACUAAUUAAAAUGUAAGUUAAAGGCAUCACCCAGCUUUAAUUUUGUCCAACCAUUUGUACAUAGUUAAGUUUAGUCUAUUGUAAACCAUAUCACAACAUUGUUUUGCCCCCCCACCUCAAUCACUCUCCACAACGCUUCUUCAAGGAUUCCUGUGUGAAAACCUUUCUGUAAGCGCAAAAUCCCAUCUAUUUUUUUCAUGUAACUAUUUAAGCUACACUUAGUUUGUUAGCUCGCUUAGUAGAUAUAGUACCAAUCCAAUUUUGCCAAAUAUGUUUCUUAUAUAGUACAUACAUAUAUAUAAAAACAAAUCUUUUGUGCGUCUCACGCUUUCCAGCUCGUGUUGCGUCUUCUGGAUAUCUGUGUAUAUCUAUUAAAUUCUAAAAAAAAAAACAUGCAUAUUAAAAAAAGAACGCCUUACGAUACUGAUUCUAAGCAUCGUAUGUGGAUUAAAUAUUUAGCUUCAAAAA